AUGUGGUUGUUGCCAGCUCAGCUAUCUCUAGCAAUCAGAUAUACGAUGACAGCCCGAAGACCAUAUCAAUCUGACACCCUUUUAGGACGAGGGUCUCUAUAUAACAUCAUAGCUGGAUAUUGUUAUACUAAAUUUUGUCAAAAUUAUGAUUUGAUAAACAGUCAUUUAAAUGAUACAUUGAAUUGCUCUGUAAAACCAACAAAAGGUUUAGAUCGUAUUACAGUUGAACAGAAAGAGUUUUAA